UAGGAGAAUUGUCUCUAGUGGGAAGGGUUGGGAUCGGCGAUCGCUUGACCGCUUCCUGGGGCUUUGGUCGAACGUGGCACGUCUAGAGAAGCGGGAGGCUCCCUUUGGACUCCAGGUGCCCUUGCUCUAGUCCACACCACUCUCAAACCUCGCGUGAGAUCUUGCAAGAGCCUCCCCUUUGAAAGUUCCGCCUUCAGUUUGACGUCUCACUUUCUUGUUAUUGUCAUUUUCGCGACCCCAGCCUUUCCAGGUUUCAGGCAGUUUGAACAGUUUAACUCCAAACAUGGAUAUCAGACCAAAUCAUACAAUUUACAUCAACAAUAUGAAUGACAAAAUUAAAAAAGAAGAGUUGAAGAGAUCCCUGUAUGCCCUGUUUUCUCAGUUUGGCCAUGUUGUAGAUAUUGUAGCUUUAAAGACCAUGAAGAUGAGGGGGCAAGCCUUUGUUAUUUUUAAGGAACUGGGCUCAUCCACAAAUGCCUUGAGACAGUUACAAGGAUUUCCAUUUUAUGGUAAACCAAUGCGAAUCCAGUAUGCAAAAACAGAUUCGGAUAUAAUAUCUAAAAUGCGUGGCACUUUUGCUGACAAAGAAAAGAAGAAGGAAAAGAAAAAAGCGAAAACUGUGGAACAGACUGCGACCACUGCAAACAAAAAGCCUGGUCAGGGAACACCAAAUGCAGCAAAUACCCAAGGAAAUUCAACACCAAAUCCUCAGGUCCCUGAUUACCCUCCAAACUAUAUUUUAUUCCUCAAUAAUUUACCAGAAGAGACUAAUGAGAUGAUGUUAUCCAUGCUGUUUAAUCAGUUUCCUGGCUUCAAGGAAGUACGUUUGGUACCUGGGAGGCAUGACAUUGCUUUUGUUGAAUUUGAAAAUGAUGGACAGGCUGGAGCUGCCAGGGAUGCUUUACAGGGAUUUAAAAUCACACCGUCACAUGCCAUGAAGAUCACCUAUGCCAAGAAAUAACAUAUGGGAGAGUUGUCUUUAAAGCACUUGGUGUUAUUUAUAGUGUUUGUUUUGAUAACAUUUGGUCAGGCCAUUUUUUAAUAGUUGGGAUGAGGGGGAGUGAAAGUGAAAUUUUUGUGAAUGAUUUAAAAAAAACCUAGUCUUUGUUUAGCCUUCGUGAACUAUGAAAUAUGAAGGACUCAAUUUUGUGUAAUAAACUUUUAUUUGUAUUCUUUACCUAAUA